AAUAGAAAAGCCCAGCCCACUAAUUUUAGGGCAACAUCCUUAUGUUUAUUCCCACUCUUUCUUCUUCAUUCUUUCUCAGCGGUGGAACACAUCUUCUUCAUACCUAAACCUCUCCUCCUUCUUUGCGCAGACACCACCACGGUCGGCAGUUUUAGACUUAAGCAAAGCUACCAUGGUGAGAAUCAGUGUUCUUAAUGAUGCUUUAAAGAGCAUGUACAAUGCUGAGAAGAGAGGCAAAAGACAAGUGAUGAUCAGACCCUCCUCAAAAGUGAUCAUCAAGUUCUUGAUCGUCAUGCAGAAGCAUGGUUACAUUGGUGAGUUUGAAUAUGUUGAUGACCACCGCUCUGGAAAAAUUGUGGUGGAACUCAAUGGAAGACUGAACAAGUGUGGUGUCAUUAGUCCCCGAUUUGAUAUUGGAGUCAAGGAGAUUGAGGGUUGGACAGCAAGGUUGCUUCCAUCUCGUCAGUUCGGCUACAUUGUUUUGACUACCUCCGCCGGAAUCAUGGAUCACGAGGAGGCUCGUAGGAAAAAUGUUGGAGGCAAGGUUCUUGGUUUCUUUUACUAGUUCUAUCCAUGUUACUGAGUGUGGGGUUGUCUUUUUGUCAUCAAUUUUGAGAUUUUCUGGAUAAUACGCUAUGUAGGUCGUUUGUUUUAAUUUAGACGAUAUUUGUUCUUAAAGAGGGAGUUUUUGUUUUUGGAGUUUUGCUACUUUCAUGGAGAAAUUCAUCCAUGUUUCUGGUUUCAUUUAUCCAUUAGCUCAAUACUUAAUGCUUCUACCAAGUUUCUCAUUA